AUGGCCUUUUCUCCCGCUGCGACCCGUUCCGUAGGGAGGGGCAAACAGUGGCCGAAGAGAGGCGGAGCAGGCGGUUCGCCAUACGCGCGGGGAGGGGGGGGAACAGCGGACGAGGGGCGCCGCGAAGGGGAGGAAAUUGGCGAAAGGGGUGGUAGUGGGGAGGGGGGGUUGCCGAAUAGUGGGCGGAAGGAGGAAGCUGCGGAUGGCGCGCGGACGGAUCCGGGAACGGAAGGGGGGCGGAAGGAGGCAGCGGGGUGGGAAGCGGGGCGGAGUGACGUGGAUCGGAACACGGUUUUCGUGCGCAACGUCUCGUUUAAAGCCACACAGAGCGAUGUGGGUGCCUUUCCCAGUGCCGAAUCUCGAGGGUUUUUUCUCGACGGUGGGCCCUAUCCGAAAGUGCUUCCUUGUGGCACAGAGAGCCCGUCUCCCCUCCCUCACCAUUUCUACUGCCCACCCCCUCACCCUCAUUGCUUUGCUGCCCGUCCCCUCGCCCUUCCCCUUGUUGCUGCCCAUCCCCCCACCCUCAUUGCUUUGCUGCCCGUCCCUUCGCCCUUCCCCUUGUUGCUGCCCAUCUACCCACCCUCAUUGCUUUGCUGCCCGUCCCCUCGCCCUUCCCCUUGUUGCUGCCCAUCCCCCCACCCUCGUUGCUUUGCUGCCCGUCCCCUCGCCCUUCCCCUUGUUGCUGCCCAUCUACCCACCCUCAUUGCUUUGCUGCCCGUCCCCUCGCCCUUCCCCUUGUUGCUGCCCAUCCCCCCACCCUCAUUGCUUUGCUGCCCGUCCCCUCGCCCUUCCCCUUGUUGCUGCCCAUCCCCCUACCCUCAUUGCUUUGCUGCCCGUCCCCUCGCCCGUUCCCUUGUUGCUACCCAUCUUCCACUUUCCUUGCUGCUGCCCGACCCCUCGCCCUUCCCCUUGUUUGCCCAUCUACUCCCCUUUUCCCUUGCUGCUGCCGGUCCCCCUUCCUUCCGCCUUGCUGCUGCCCGCCCCCCCUCCCCCCCCCUUGCUGAUAAUCGCCCCCACCCCCUCCCCCUUGCGCGGAGACGCAUCGAGGGAUGGGAUUUGUGCAAUAGUGAGUGCACCUCGCUUCUGUUUCUUGUGCCAUGCGUGGCUGAAUGCUGUGCGCUAGCAGAGGACGCGGAGAGGGCAGUGAGGGAGCUCGGGGGAAAGCGGCUGGAGAGCAAGGCAGACCCACUGACCCGUCACAUAUCUUACCUGUUAGACAGCUCCUUGCUUCCUCUCCUCUCACACCCCCUUCUAACCAGUAACCCACCCCCCUCUUCCCACCCCCCUCUUCCCACCCCCCUCUUCCCACCCCCCCCUCUUCCCACCCCCCCCCUCUUCCCACCCCCCCUCUUCCCACCCCCCCUCUUCCACCCCCCCUCUUCCCACCCCCCUCUUCCCACCCCCCUCUUCCCACCCCCCCUCUUCCCACCCCCCCUCUUCCCCCCCCCUCUUCCCCCCCCCCUCUUCCCACCCCCCUCUUCCCACCCCCCUCUUCCCACCCCCCCUCUUCCCACCCCCCUCUUCCCACCCCCCCUCUUCCCACCCCCCCUCUUCCCACCCCCCCUCUUCCCACCCCCCCUCUUCCCACCCCCCCUCUUCCCACCCCCCCUCUUCCCACCCCCCCUCUUCCCACCCCCCCUCUUCCCCCCCCCCUCUUCCCACCCCCCCUCUUCCCACCCCCCCUCUUCCCACCCCCCCUCUUCCCCCCCCCCUCUUCCCCCCCCCCUCUUCCACCCCCCCCUCUUCCCACCCCCCCUCUUCCCACCCCCCUCUUCCACCCCCCCUCUUCCCACCCCCCCUCUUCCCACCCCCCGUCUUCCCACCCCCCUCUUCCCACCCCCCCUCUUCCCACCCCCCCUCUUCCCACCCCCCCUCUUCCCACCCCCCCUCUUCCCACCCCCCCUCUUCCCACCCCCCCUCUUCCCACCCCCCCUCUUCCCACCCCCCCUCUUCCACCCCCCCUCUUCCCACCCCCCCUCUUCCCACCCCCCUCUUCCCACCCCCCCUCUUCCCACCCCCCCUCUUCCCACCCCCCCUCUUCCCACCCCCCUCUUCCCACCCCCCUCUUCCCACCCCCCCUCUUCCCACCCCCCUCUUCCACCCCCCCUCUUCCACCCCCCUCUUCCCACCCCCCCUCUUCCCACCCCCCCUCUUCCCACCCCCCCUCUUCCACCCCCCUCUUCCCUCCACCCCCCCCUCUUCCCACCCCCCCUCUUCCACCCCCCUCUUCCCCCCCCCUCUUCCACCCCCCUCUUCCCACCCCACCCUCUUCCCACCCCCCUCUUCCCCCCCCCUCUUCCCACCCCCCUCUUCCCACCCCCCCUCUUCCCACCCCCCCUCUUCCCACCCCCCUCUUCCCACCCCCCCUCUUCCCACCCCCCCUCUUCCCACCCCCCCUCUUCCCACCCCCCCUCUUCCCACCCCCCUCUUCCCACCCCCCCUCUUCCACCCCCCCUCUUCCCACCCCCCUCUUCCACCCCCCCUCUCCCACCCCCCCUCUUCCCACCCCCCCUCUUCCACCCCCCCUCUUCCCACCCCCCUCUUCCCACCCCCCCUCUUCCCACCCCCCCUCUUUCCCACCCCCCCUCUUCCCACCCCCCCUCUUCCCACCCCCCUCUUCCCACCCCCCCUCUUCCACCCCCCCUCUUCCCACCCCCCCUCUUCCCACCCCCCUCUUCCCACCCCCCCUCUUCCCACCCCCCCUCUUCCCACCCCCCCUCUUCCCACCCCCCCUCUUCCCACCCCCCCUCUUCCCACCCCCCCUCUUCCCACCCCCCCUCUUCCCCCCCCCCUCUUCCCACCCCCCCUCUUCCCACCCCCCCUCUUCCCCCCCCCCUCUUCCCCCCCCCCUCUUCCCACCCCCCCUCUUCCCACCCCCCCUCUUCCCACCCCCCCUCUUCCCACCCCCCCUCUUCCCACCCCCCCUCUUCCCACCCCCCCUCUUCCCACCCCCCUCUUCCCACCCCCCCUCUUCCCACCCCCCCUCUUCCCACCCCCCCUCUUCCCACCCCCCCUCUUCCCACCCCCCCUCUUCCCACCCCCCCUCUUCCCACCCCCCCUCUUCCCACCCCCCCUCUUCCCACCCCCCCUCUUCCCACCCCCCCUCUUCCCACCCCCCCUCUUCCACCCCCCCUCUUCCCACCCCCCCUCUUCCCACCCCCCCUCUUCCCACCCCCCCUCUUCCCACCCCCCUCUUCCCACCCCCCCUCUUCCCACCCCCCCUCUUCCCACCCCCCCUCUUCCCACCCCCCCUCUUCCCACCCCCCCUCUUCCCACCCCCCCUCUUCCCACCCCCCCUCUUCCCACCCCCCCUCUUCCCCCCCCCCCUCUUCCCACCCCCCCUCUUCCCACCCCCCCUCUUCCCACCCCCCCUCUUCCCACCCCCCCUCUUCCCACCCCCCCUCUUACCCGCCACCAGUGCGCUAG